GAAUUUGUUCAGCAGUUUUGCCAAAACUCUUCGUCCCAGCGGACAGAGCAAUAACCAGAGAACUUCUUUUUUCACAAUAUUUGAUAUUUUAUGGUGUUUUUUGUCAGGAGGAAGAGAAAAUAUUCCACAGGUUCUCUGACGUUUACGGUGGUAUAGAGGCGCCAUUUUUCUCGGUCAUCUUUCUCUGGACGUAUCUCCAUUUCCCACCUCCCCUCGUGAGGGGUUGACUGUAGCCUCUUCCCUCCCCCGGUGUGAGGUGUUGACGCUAACCAUGGCUUCUGGUGCCCCUGGGAGAUGCGGAGCAGCCCCGGGUGCAGGCAAGAAGCGCUCCCGGAUCCCAGUGCGGGUGUGCCCGAGACCACAUGAUGUCAACUCGCCCAUCUGUAAGAUCCAGAGGACUUUAGAGGCCAUGAACAUCGACUGUGGGAAGGGUGUAGCAGGGACCGGUCGGGCAGCAGGCAGGCAUCCAAACGUGUCCAGCGCAGCCGGCCCGAAUGUGUGGUGGAACACUGCAGCCACUAUCAGCUGGGCCUCAGGAGUGGACACCAGUACACCCCAGACCUUCUCUACCUUCAGUACUGACCAUCCCGACACAUCCGUAUUCACACCAGUCAGCACACCCAACUUCACUCCUUUCCACCGAGGAAACAAGGCACAACCACCCGUCAUGGAGACUCCAGACUGUACCCCAGUCACAGGUGGUUUAUUGAGGAGAGCAGCUACCCAGCAUCCCAUUCAUCAACACUCACACAUGAACAUGGUGACUCCUGGGUCCACUCCGGUUGUGUCCAGCGGUGCAGCCGGGCAGUGUUGGUCAACAUCAGGCAAACAAGUAAAGACCAGUACACCAUGUUGGAUGAGUAUGUCCAGUGUAUCAUCAAGUGACCUGGUCCUGCCCACACCACCCUCGUCCAUCAAGCGUCCAUUUCCCUACCCAGUUCCCAGCCAGGACUCCAUGGAGUACAUCCAGGUAGACUCCUGUCCUCAGAAACAGAAGAAACUCCCACGCCGGAGGCUGCCAGUUGUCGGAGAGGAGCCCCAUCCCCCGCCGGAGUCUGUCCAAACCCUGUGUGUAGAGAGUUCAGCUGUACUGGACCAUGACUUGGGUGUGUCCACACUGGACUCCUCCACACAGCACAGCCACACUUGCUAUACUACACCUGGGUUGGAGAAAGAUAAAGAGACAUUACAGAGACAGAAUGCGUUGGUUUGUGCCACACCAACACCAGAACCUGCACCAACUCUUCACCCUACAGAUGACUCGGUCUUAUCAGACAUCUCUAAAGUCAUCACUGCUAUCUCACAUCUACCUCUUAGCAUGCCAACAGAUAGCAUAGAGGAGGGUGACUGUUUAGUCCCACAGUCUCCGUACACAAACAAGCACAUACCAAAUCACUUCCAACUGAAGGAAGGUUUGAUAGAAAUAGAAGAUCAGCUAUUAGGGAAAGAGCACAGUGAAAGUUGUCUGCAUGACGUAGGUGUUAGCUCAGAGAACAGGAAGGAACCCAGUUUGAAGGAGAACACACAGGACAGGGCAAAGGAAGAAUCAGUAAGCCGUCAGGGAGACAACUGUAUGUGUCAUGUAGGUUCACAAAAGGCAGUGAACGUUGCCGGGAUGCCAAAGUCUGCAAAUGGGCCACAAAACAGCAACAUAACAAGCAGCAAUGGUCAAGGGCACACGGGUUCACUGGUCUCUCCACAAGGAAAGACUGCGAGUAUAAAGGGAUCCCACCAGCAGUCUAUAGGAAUGUUACCUGGACAAGUCACACAUUGUGAAAGGUACAUGUAUCCAGGUGGACAGGACAACAAAACACGCGUACACGUUGCAGUUCCAGAUAAUGUUGAGGGUGUGAAAGUUGCUGAGAGUGUCAACAUUCCUCCUGUUGAGUGGGAAGAAGGCUGUGAGAGUGGCAGUGACAGCCCUCCUCCUGUCAAAGUAUGCAGAUUAUCACAACCUACAGAUGUCAGGAAUAACAACCACCGGAACCCACCAUUGGCAUGCGUACGCAAUUCUGAAGCAUUCAAUGUACUGCAAAAUCGGUGCAUGGAAAGUUCUAGUGAUAAUUCAACCCUCUCAAGUUCAACAGUACAUAAUCCCUUUGCUGACAGUUCAUCUCUUCAUGAUAAAGGACAGGUCAGUUGUUCAGAUUUCAAACAAGUUGCUGAUUCUGGCCCAAACCUCGCAGCUACAUUUGCAGACAGUGCCUUAGGUCUGAGUGUUUCGAGUUUUGACACUGAUUCCUACAUGGAAGGGAGCCAUGGCCUGUCCUGUGUUUGUGACACAAUGAUGACUGAAGAGACAGAUAUUAUCGUGAGGGAAGCAUCAUCUAACACUAGUAUCAGUGGUGGGAAGGAUGGAGACGUACAAGAAGAGCAGCUACUUACAGACUUCAAGGAAAACACAAAGUUGUCAGGGCGGCAUGUCCACUUCAAACUCUCCCCAGAGAAACACCCUGCCCCACCACCGUCACCGUCAGACACUGUUCCCUGCAAAACUAGAAAACAACAGUCACCCAGGAAGAUCCGAGCAUCACCCAGUAAACUUAGGAAAUCACCAAAGAAGAACAGCCCUCACAAAUGCUCAAGUCCACCCAAGUUGCGGUUUUCUCCAGUGAAGUUAAGAUCCAGCCCUGGGAAAAGAUGUAGCCCAUCCAAGCUACAAACAUCAACAGGAAGAAGCAAAGUAAGCCCAGGAAAAAGACGUCACCCAGCAGAAGUGAAUAAAGUAAGGAAAUCUCUCCUGGGUGAUUUUGGAAGCGUGAAGACGCCAGGCACCAUCAAAAGGAAACUGUUCAGCCGAGACCUGCCGCGCAGACCAGCCCAGAGCCGCUGUGAUGUAGCAGAACCUGCUGUGAUGGAGACAGGCGGGAUGGAUGACAGCGGCCUGGCCCUGUCCCUGUCACAGUUUGUGUUGCACGAGCGCCAGCCAGGCAGUAAAGUGGGCUGUGACUAUGUGGACUUCAUUGGAGAACUGACUCAUGUGUAUAACAUGCCAAUGAUAGUUGAAUCCAUCCUGGCAUAUUUGGACCCUCCAGACCUUAGCAGCAUGUGCUGUGUGUCCAGACAGUGGUAUCUGGUGUGUGUGAGUGACAGGGAGGCAGAGCCAUGCAGACAGACCUACCUCAGAGAGAGAAGGAGGCUGGCUCGACUGGCUCCCCGUGUUGGCAUGGAAAACAUUAUGAAAUGGCGUUGUCGUGAUGUUGGCAGUUUGCCAGACUCUGUCCCAGCUGCCCUGGCCACCUUACAGCUGCAGCAGGUGGUCACACCAACACAGCCCGCACCUGCCAUGUCCAGACAUGAACAAUUCUCCAAGUUGGCCAGGUUACUGCCGUAUGGACAUUACCUGACUCCGUGUAUCCGCUGUCGGUGUCCAGCACACGUCUUUCCUAAGAACCAUCGGGCCACGUGUCAGCAGGACAGAUGUAAGUUUGACUACUGCCUCCACUGCAACUGUGAGUUCCAUGGAGACAUCCCCUGUCCAGCACUCACCCCCAUCAUCUCACCAACACUCGUGCGGGGGAAGAAGGUCCGAACCAGUCCAGUAGCCGGCAGCAAGGGAAGCAAACGAAGGCUGCGUCGAUUGUGAGCCUGUCAUGUUAUAUCUGCUACAUUAGACAUGGGGGUUUUAACAUUGUCAUGUGUGAGGAUAGUGUGAGAGUUGUUGCAGGGAGCUUUUCAAAGGCAGCUAUUACAGGAAUAAAGGCAGCUAUGGGAUGAAUGUUUUUUGACCAUAUAGAUAAAUCUAAAUCUCGAAAUGCUGCAAUUUUAUAAAUGAAUAGUAGUUAAUUUUAAGGAAAAUCUUGAAAUCUUUCUCGAAAUAAUUAACACUUCAUCUUGUUGGACUAACUGUAAGGUACAUGUACACACAGUUGCUGCUUCCAGUGCUCAGCAUACUACUAUACAAACUUGUAGAUGUACAUGUGAAUUUACACAUCAAUAGAAAAGACAAAAAUGUUUGUAUGAGUUGUUAGUAGCAUUGGUUUUCUAUGUGUGUGGCUAUGUGACUUAUCUCCAACAAAAAGGAGAACAGUUUGAUAUCUAAAUGUUUUGGUAAUGAGAUGAUUUCAGUACUGGUAUCUUCUCAUAGUUGCGAGUUCCAGAAUGAAGUUUCUCACUUUCUAGCUUGUCAUCAGGAAAAUGUACGCUAUCAUUGGAGAGUUUGUUCUAUCAUAAGGAAUACUGUUUGUAUCUUUAUCCUUAAGGAAUACUGUUUGUAUGAUCUCUUCAUUUGUUCCAUUGUUUCAUAACAAACCAUAUUGACACAAAAUUAUAACCUGUUGGAUUAUCAUUUUUUAAUCAUUCCUGACAAUUUAUCAUUUAAUCUGUAUAUAUGCAUGACAUACAAAUCUGUGUGGAAGAACAGUUGCCAGAUUUACAAUGAAAAUUUUCCUGAGAGAUACAAGUACAUUUUAUCACUUCAUGUGCAAUAGUUGUAGAUUUUAGAAAUACUAGUGUUACGUUCUCCAGUAUUGAGAAUAAUGUUGGAAUAUAUUGUUGUCAAUUUUUCAA